AUGUCCUCGCGCAGACGGCAGAUUACCGUUGAAGACUCUUGGCGCAUGGUCGACGGCGAAAACGACAGCUUCGACACCUCCCUCUUGCCUGGGGCCACGCCCGAAGACGACAACGACGACAUCCUCUCCCCUCUAUCUAGCGAGCAGCCCUCCUCCGGCGUACCCUCGCAGCAGCAGCACCAGCAGCGCAGCUCGCAGAGCCAGCCGAACUCCAGCUUUGGCUCACAAGACAGCAUCCGCGACUUUGUCAAGCACCAGGCUGACGACAACGUGAUUCUACGCGAGCCAUUCCGCCCGAGCAUACCCUCGUCCGUCGUCGGUAGCAGCAGCCUCAACAGUCUGCGCCAGGCGCACAGCCAUCGUACCCCCGACCCGGAGUUCAGAAUGCCGACGCUCGACGUUGGCAGCGACCGCAGAGGCUCCGGCCAGAGUUCCCGCACAAUUCGCCCAGGCAGCAGCCCGCGCGGCGCCGGCGAUUCGACCGUCGUGCGACGACGUGGAUAUGCUUCGCAGGACACAACUCCCGUGAAGCGCCGAAGCGCGCGACAGAGAUCGGACUAUGACGAGUAUGAAGCGCAUCGUCGAGACCGACGCGACGACGCGUCCUCGAUCCCGUCCCUCUCAAGCGGCAUCGCGCGAUGGGCGGCGGCCGUCGUUGGUCUCGCCUUUCAAUACGCCAAGCGGCCUCUUGCCCUCCUUCUCGCCGUUUAUCUCUCCUGCGGUGCCAUCAUUAUCACACAAAACAUGCUGCAACGGUCCAUCUACGUUUCUCUGUCGCCCAUCUGCCGCGUGCCCGGCGCCUCGCUCCUGAACCUGCCCUUUUGCACCGACACGCGCUUCGGCGGCGACAAGCCGGAAAUGCCCACCAGCCCCGUCGAGUUUGACGACCUGAUGGGCGUGCAGGCCAAGUUUGAGGACGUGCUGGAGAAGAGUGUCGACGGCGCAUCGCUGCCGCUCGAGAUGAAGCGCUCGGAGGCGAGCCUGCGCGACCUGCGCACGCUCGUCAAGCACAGCGACAUCCAGGCGCGCGACGAGCUCAUGUUUGAGUUUGACGGCUUCAUUGACACGGCGCGCCAGAGCGCCGCCGACCUGCAGCGCUUCAACACGCACGUCGGCUCGGCCGUCGACGCCGUCAUUACCAUCAAUCGCUGGACCGCGCGCUACAUAGACUCGCUCGCACCCCUCUCCUCCGACGGUGCCAUCUCAUCUUCCACGGCCGCUCUGACCACCUGGUCCGGCUGGCUCUUUUCGCCGUUUCAGCCCGCGGAGCAAGUCUUUAGCGAGCGAAUCCUCCGCGACAAGUACGUGGAGCACACGACGCUCGUCUCGGAGCGCAUCGCCGCCCUCAUCCUCGAGGCGCAGGCCAUUCUGCGCCUGCUCACGAUAGCCGAGGACCACCUCUCGCUCAUCUACGAAGUCUCCUCGCGCUCCGCCGCCACGCUCUCCUCGCGUCGCGACGAGAUCCUCUGGAACGUGUGGACGCUCGUCGGCGGCAACGCCCGCCGCCUCAGCAACCUGUCCCAGCAGCUGACCCUCCUCCGGCGGGUCGACGCGCAGCGCUCCACGGCUGUCAUGCAGGUCAGCGCGCUGGUCCUCGAGCUCGAGGCCAUCCAGGCCGGCCUCGGCGACCUGCGCGACCGCGUCGCCGAGCCGGGUGUCCUCCGCGACGCGGAGAGCGCGAAGGUGGCCACGCUCCCGCUCACCAUCCACAUCGAGACGAUUGACCGCGGCGUGGAGCGGCUCGAGGCGGCAAGACGACGCAUUCGCGCCGCAGAGGACGAUCGCGUCCGGGAAGUGCUCGCGAAGGGAGGCGUUCGGGACGAUCAGGACAGACUGAUUGGCGAUUCUCCGCGUUCGUGA